AUGAAUUCUCGAGAUCCUCCUAGUAAGAUAUUAUUGCUAAUCAUUUCUUGCUUGCCUCAUUCAUUUCCUCUUACUAAUGAUUAUCUCUUCGAUAUGUUCAAAUCAUAUGGAGACAUCAAUAAAAUACUCAUUUUUGAAAGAGGGAAAACAAAUAAAGCCUUCAUAGAAUACUCAAACAUCAAGCAUGCUAUCCUUGCUAGAAGAAAUAUGAUGGGGAAAUAGAUAACUCCAUAAGGAGGAAAGUAAAUAUUUAGUUUUGAAUAUAUAGACUACUUAUUCAUUUUUCUCAUCUUAAGUAACUCAAUCUUGAAGUUGUUGAUUAAACUCGUGGAACUUCAUACUAAUAAAGUGAAGUUGAGACUCAACUGUUAUUAAAUUCUGUAUCGAAAAUAAAGAUAAAAAACAAUAAAGAAAAUAUUCAGUGUUAAUAAGUUCAAUCAUCUUAAGUUGAUUUUACAAAUUAAAACUAAAUAAGAGUCGCUUAAGAUAUAGGAGAGUCUCCUAAUAAAACAAUGUUUAAUUUUUUAAUUUAUUUUAAGAAUGGAAUCAUAAUUAAAAUAAUUAAUAUAAAUUUUGGAUGAUGAUUACAAUAAUGAAAUUGAAAAGUCUCAAUAAAUCUAAUUUGAUCAACAAUAAUAAAUAAUUCAUUAAUUAUUAUAUUAGAAGCCAUCUAAAUACUUGAUAGUUUCCAAUAUAGAUAUUAAAGUUACAUCUAAAAUGCUAUAUAAUCUUUUUAAUAGAUUUGGUCAUCUUGAGAAUUUGAUUUUAAACAAAAAAUAAUAAACAGCAAUCCUAAAAUUUCUGAACUCUGAUUAAGCUACUAUAGCCAAAGAAUUAUUAAACAAUGUCUUAUUUUUCAAUAAAGAAGUUAGUAAAAUUAAAUGAUAUCUUUAGUUAAGAAUACUAUUCCAUCAGCAACAAGAUGAUUUAAGAACCCUAAAUAUAGAUGAAGAAUUAUAUAUAGGUUCAAAAACUAAAUUUAAAAUUGUUCCUAUAAGCAAAGUGUUAUUCUUGUAAGGAAUCAAAGAUAUAAUAGAAAUUUAAAAUAUGGUGAAAUUAGUUGGAAUGAUAUAGGGUAUUUAAUUAAAUAAAUAAAUAUAAUUUAGAUAUUAGAUUAGAAUACAAUUAAAUUAAGAUUACUAUGGUGGAUAUUUAUGAAGCUUUAAAGGUUAUUUCAGUUUUCUCUGAAUAUGAAUAUAAGGGUAAUAAAAUAAAUAUAUUCUUUAAAUGA